GAAAAAAGUCUGCUCCUGUUCCUGCUCUUCCGUAAUUUCCUAUCACCAACUGCUUGGUCUUGUGUCUGUGUGCUGUGUGUGUGUGUGUAUAUGAGUGUAUGUGUAUGUGUGUAUGUAUGCGUGCAUGUGCAUGAGGGAGAACCAGUGAGAGAGAGACACACAGAGAGGCACAGAGAGAGAGAGAGAGUGAAGAGUGAGAGAAUACAGAAGAGUGCAGAAGAGAGCAGGAGCGAGCAAGCAAGAGAGAGAGAGAGGGCGAGAAAGCAAGCAAGAAAGCAAAGGGGCCGCCUCUGUAUUCUUUCACCUACCCCCCCACAACCAGCACCACCACCUCCACCCCUUCAUCAUCAAAACCACCACCAGCACGAGGAGGAGGGGCUCAGGCCGAGCUGCCAAUCAACUUCACUCGUGGCAGCCGGCAUUAUCUCGGCUGCGAAAACUAUUGACAGAUUACAUGUCAAGGAGUUUAGCACAUGAUUGAGAGAGGAAACCCCUAAAAACAGGCUUUUUCUUUUUUUCCUCCAGCUUUAUCGUCCCACUACUUUUAGCUCUUAUUUCCCACAGACCAGCUCUCCUCUUGUCUUCUGAUGAUUUUCAGGCAGAGUUACAUAAUAUUAUGAAAGUUACAUGCUUGAGAGGAUUUAACUUCGACUAUCCUGAAUAUGCUGAAAGUGGUUUAUGCACUGAAAAGACCUCAGGAAAAUCCACGAUGGCCGCCAAAAGGAAAGGUGGCCUAAAACUCAACGCUAUCUGUGCCAAGCUAAGCCGGCAGGUGGUGUACGACGGUAGCUCCCAGAAUGCCGAGGGGGACCUGAGUUUGGCGGACAACAGUGAGCGGGGCAGCUCGCACUACGAAGAGGGCGACCGGCCCGACAGCGACUUCUCCGAGAGCCUGAGUCUGGGCCAGAGCCUUGAGGAUGACCAGAAGCGCCGCGAGGCCAUUGAAAAGUGGGUAAAUGGCGAAUACGCCGACGACCCGGCCUCCGUAGACGAGGAUGAGCCCAGGGGAGCCAGAGCCGGCAGCGGAGAUGAGGGCCCCCCUGAGGGCGUGUACAUGGUCCAGCCCAAAGGCUGCAGCGACGACGAGGACAACGGGGAUGAUGCAGAGGCCAUACCUGCAUCCCAUGAGGGCAGUUACCAUGAUGACAGGGACUCUGCAGACAGUCCGCACAAGGAGACGACUUACCCACCCUCCAGUGUGACCCCCAACUGCCAAGCCUCCUUUUCUGCUCCAGGUGAGGCCUCUGCUCUGCGUGACUAUGCAGCCAACACCAUGAACGAGUUUCUCCACAUGUUUGGUUACGAUGACCAGCAAGUGCGUGAUGAGCUGGCCAAGAAGAUCAGCUUCGAGAAGCUAAAAGCCUCUACCUCAGACCCCUCGUCCUUGAGCAGCGAGGAGGCCACACGUCGGGCCCGUUUCUCCAAGUACGAGGAGUACAUCCGCAAGCUGAAGGCCGGAGAGACCCUACCCUGGCCCAUCCACUCCAAGCCUGAGGAGCUCAACUCAAAGCUAGCCCAAGAAAAGAGCUCCACACUCAUUCAGCCCUCCACCGGCCUGCCGGGGGCCGAAGGUCAGAUGUUUUCUGGCGGAAUGGAGCCCAAGCCAGCGCAGGUCAGUGCCACCCCUGGUACCCCCUCCCAUAACCUGGCCUCCCGGGCUUCCAAAUACGACUUCUUCAUCCAGAAGCUGAAGAUGGGCGAAAGCCUGAGGCAACAAAAUGGCAAUGCCUACAAGAGGCCUUCCAAGUAUGACCUGGAAAACGUCAAGUACCUGCACCUCUUCAAGCCAGGAGAGGGCAACCCUGACAUGGGUGGGGCCAUAGCCUUCAAGACAGGUAAAGUGGGCCGGCCUUCAAAAUACGACAUCCGUAACAUCCAGAAGCUCAUCCCAAGCAAGGGCGACCCUCCUAUGAUGCCGGGUGUUCUCUCGUCCACACCGGCCACCCCAGGCACUCCCAUGAUUCCUACUGCUGCAUCUGCUGGAGGUGUAGGGCCUCCAUGCUUACCUGUGGACCAGGUUAGCCACCUGAGUUUCAACCCUGACUUUAUGAAGUCCAGCUUCUCCAAGACUGACUCCAUCACUACUGGAACCGUCUCCUCAGUCAAGAAUGGCCUUCCUCCGGAGAAACCUGUGACAGAGGACGUCAACGUCUACCAGAAAUAUAUCGCCAGGUUCUCCGGGAGCCAGCACUGUGGACAUGUGCAUUGUGCCUACCAGUACAGGGAGCAUUACCACUGCAUGGAUCCUGAAUGUAACUACCAGAGAUUCACGAGUAAACAGGAUGUCAUAAGGCACUACAACAUGCACAAGAAGAGGGACAACUCCCUGCAGCAUGGCUUCAUGCGCUUCAGUCCACUGGAUGACUGCAGCGUCUAUUACCACGGCUGCCACCUCAACGGCAAGAGCACCCACUACCACUGCAUGCAGGUGGGCUGCAACAAGGUGUACACCAGCACAUCUGAUGUAAUGACUCAUGAGAACUUCCAUAAGAAGAACGCACAGCUGAUCAACGAUGGCUUCCAGAGGUUUCGUGCAACCGAGGACUGCGGCACUGUGAGCUGUCAGUUCUACGGGCAGAAGACAACACACUUCCACUGCAGGCGCCCUGGGUGCACCUUCACCUUCAAGAACAAGUGCGACAUCGAGAAGCACAAGAGCUAUCACAUCAAGGAUGACGCGUACGCCAAGGACGGCUUCAAGAAGUUCUACAAGUACGAGGAGUGCAAGUAUGAGGGCUGCGUCUACAGUAAGGCCACCAACCACUUCCACUGCAUUCGCCAGGGCUGCGGCUUCACCUUUACCUCCACCAGCCAGAUGACCUCGCACAAGCGCAAGCACGAACGCCGCCACAUCCGCUCGUCCGGCGUGCUGGGCCUCUCCUCCUCCUUCCUGCUGCCCAAAGAGGAGCAGGAGGAGUCCAGCAACGAUGACCUGGUGGACUUCUCCACCAUCAGCAGCAAGAACUCCAGCCUGAGCGCCUCGCCCACCACUCAGCAGCAGCCCUCCUCUGCUAUGCCCCACCUGAUGGCCACACCCACAACUGCAGUGGCCACCAGCAGCCUCAGCGUCAAGCCCACCACAGCCCUGCUCCCGGCCAGCCGCAUGUCCACCCUGCUGUCCCAGGCCCUGCCCAGCAACAUGCCGAUGGCCCUGGCCAUGGCCAGCAGUGCACUGGGCGGAGCUUCCAACCCUUUCUUCCCGCUUCUUCCCAGGCUGCCGCUGCAGCUCCCACCCACCGCCGCCAGCAUGAUCUCUGCAGCCAGCUCUGGAGCCCAUUCCACACCCCGGGACUCCCUGGCCCCCAGCUCCAGUGCAUCAGGGGAGGUGCCCUCCGCCUCCACACCCACCUCCUACGCUGCCUCUUCCAUCAUGGAGAAGAUCUCUGCCAGCAAGGGCCUGAUAUCCCCAAUGAUGGCCAGGCUGGCUGCUGCUGCCCUCAAUCCUGCCAGCAAUCCAGAUGCAGGAAAUGGGCAGGCAGGCCGGUUUAAUCCAGUCCAAGUAAAGCAGGAGCCAAUGGACGGCGCCUCCGGGGCCUCCCAUGAGUCCAUGCAAGAGCAUAGCCUUGACCUGAGCAAGAAAGACCACAGUAAUGAAUCAAACGGACACCCUGCACCGGCAAAUACAUCUCUUUUAUCCUCACUUAUGAAUAAGAUGACGCACGUGAACCCGGGCUUCUUCAGUGCUCUGAACCUGAAGUCGGAUCUGGAAGGGGGCCAGGUGGGAGAGAACUCUGAGGCAGCCCAGUAUCUCAGCAGGCUGAUAAAGAGGCCUGUUCCAGAGAAGCCCACUGAGCUGUGGAAGACCUACCUGCGCAGAUACGAUACUGAUGAAGUGUGUGACAACCAGUGUGACUUCCUGCACAAGGUCCACUUUCAUUGCCUUGUGGAGGACUGUGGCGCUCUCUUCAGCACUGUGGACGGAGCAAUCAAACACGCCAACUUCCACUUCAGAGCCAACCUAAAGGUUAAACCGGAGCCCCCUUUCAAUGAGGGCAAGGACUCCAACGAGGGCGCCCUCAAUCAGCUGCCUGCCCCCAUCUCCAUGGCCAGCUCUCCUCCCAUUGAGGUGCCCAGUGUGGCUGCGUCUGGGGGCUACGGCUCAUCCCCCUCCCUGCUGGCCUGGAAGCAGCUCACUGGCUCCAUCCCGCAGCUCCCUGCCACCAUGCCCAACAUGCCUGCCACCUCCCCGCUGGCCACCACCUCACUGGAGAACGCCAAGCCACAGGUCAAACCUGGAUUCCUGCAGUUUCAGGACAAUGACCCCUGUCUGGCCACCGACUGCAAAUACUCCAACAAAUUCCACUUCCACUGUCUAUUUGGCAACUGCAAGUACGUGUGCAAGACCUCUGGGAAGGCUGAAUCGCAUUGCCUGGACCACAUCAACCCCAACAACAACCUUGUGAACGUGCGAGACCAGUUUUCCUACUACUCCCUGCAGUGUCUCUGUCCCAACCAGCACUGUGAGUUCAGGAUGAGGGGCCAUUACCACUGUCUGAGACCUGGCUGCUUCUUCGUCACCAACAUCACUACCAAGCUGCCCUGGCACGUCAAAAAGCACGAGAAAGCCGAGAGACGUGCAGCCAAUGGCUUCAAAUACUUUACCAAGAGAGAGGAAUGUGGCCGACUCGGCUGCAAGUACAACCAGGUGAACAGCCACUUCCACUGCAUCCGUGAGGGCUGCAUGUUCUCCUUCCUGCUCAAGCACCAGAUGACCUCCCACGCUCGCAAACACAUGAGGAGGAUGCUGGGGAAGAACUUCGACCGAGUUCCAUCUCAGGUCGUAGCUCAUGGCCACCCAUCAGAUGAGAUGCAGCACAUGGCCGGCCUGGGCUCUCCUGGCACCAUGGCCGGCCACCCGGGCAUGAACUCUUCCUUCCCAGGCAUGAUGGACGACAAUGAUGACUACAUGGACUACAUGGCCGGAGGAAGCCCUCUAGGACUUUCCUCAGAGUCCUCGAACCAGGAUCGCAGCUGCACCAGCACCCCAGUGGGCAACGACAGCUCCCCUGCAGGACCAGGCUGUCAGGUCCCUCCACCUCUUGCUUCCACUCCCUCUGCUGAAACUCCUCCCACCUCUCAAUCUGCACCUGCUGCCGCUGCUCCACCUCCUCCACCUCCACCUCCUCCUCCUCCACCACCCCAGCCUCAGGCUCCGCUCCAGUCCCAGCCUCCAUCUUUUCCUCCGACUCUUCUGCGGCCUCCUCUCCCCUCGCUCCCAUACCUCCUCUCUCCAUCCUGUAUCUCAUACUCUCUGCUCAGCGCCUCUCUCGGAGCCACUCGGAGUGUUGUCAUGCCAGCCAACACACCAGCUUUCAGCCCCAUCAUUGCCACUCCGUCUCCGGUUAAAAAUGACGUCCCUAUAGUGCAGGACGCUGCAGGGAACACCAUCUCCAUCCCCACUGCAACAGGCGCAAAGAAGCGCUUCUGGAUCAUCGAGGACAUGUCACCCUUCGGCAAGCGGCGCAAGACGGCCUCGUCUCGCAAGAUGCUGGAUGAAGGCAUGAUGCUGGAGGGCUUCCGCCGCUACGACCUGUACGAGGACUGCAAGGACUCAGCCUGCCAGUUCUCACUGAAGGUCACGCAUUACCACUGCACGCGUGAGAACUGUGGCUACAAGUUCUGCGGGCGUACGCACAUGUAUAAGCAUGCGCAGCACCACGACCGUGUAGACAACCUGGUGCUGGAUGACUUCAAGCGUUUCAAGUCCUCGCUCAGCUGCGGCUUCACCGACUGCCAGUUCUCGGGCAACAGCACACACUUCCACUGCCUGCGCUGCGGCUUCCGCUGCACGGACAGCACCAAGGUAACGGCACACCGCAAGCACCACGGCAAGCAGGACGUGAUCAGUGCCGCCGGCUUCUGCCAGUUCAGCUCCAGCGCAGACUGCGAGGUGGCCGACUGCAAGUACAAGCUCAAGUGCUCUCACUUCCACUGCACCUACCCUGAGUGCAAGCAUACAGUGGUCGGGAUGUCCCAGAUGGACUCCCACAAGCGUAAGCACGAAAAGCAAGAACGAGGCGAGCCGCCCUCCGUCUCACCCAAUCAGGAAAGCCACCACCAGAUGGGACUCGUUCCAAAUCCUUCCUCCAUGAAUCUGCCCCCCACCUCACCUGGGGUGGCCCAGGGGCCGCCCCGUAACAGCGGGCCGACCAUAUACCUUCCUCCAGUCCCCGGCGAAUACCCUGAACACCAUCGCCCCAUGCUCAACCUGGACAGCUCCCUGAACCUGGGCACUGACACCAGCAGCUCGCUCUUCUUCCUCAAGAACGCGGCCGGCCUGGGCCUGGCCGACUCCCUAGACCUCAGCAAGAAGCUCCAGCGAGACAGCCUGGUUGCUGCCGCCAGGGCCACACCCACAGCUCCCAUCAUGAGUGUGGGAAACCCCCGGGGUGACAUCAUUGGCACAUCCGGCGAGCUAGAGGACGAGCUGUCGCCCGAGGAAGAGCCCACCGCCCACGAGGAAGAAGAGGACGAAGACGAUGACGAGGAGGAGCCAGAAGAAGAGCUGAACACAGACUCGUACGACGACUCCAUGCCCGAGCCGGAUGGAGAGAAAGACAACGGAGAGAGUUUCGAUGCUUCCAUGAACCACGCCAACUCGUCUCAACUGGACAAAGAGGAACCAGAGGCUGACCUGUGAUCUGCUGUAAAUGAACUCCGGCGGGAAGAAACAGUCCCUGCACGCUGCGAACAAAUCCCCGAGUUUUGAGUGGCCUCGUUUAUCAUGCUUAGGGACGCGGCGGAUGACAAGAAAACAACAGUUAUGCGAGAAAAGUGAAGGCCCAAAAUGAUUUAUUAUGAUGUUUACACAAUGACCAACAUUAUUAAUUUAAUUAUGCAUUAAAAAAAUGAACAGAGAACUAGACAGGCGAAGCCGUCUUUUACACAUGGGUGGCAAUGUAAACAUUUUCCUACACAUCAGUCUUUUUGUGUGUGCGUGCAUGUUUGACUUUAAUUUAUUCUAUUUUGUUUGUUACUUUUUUGUGUGUGGAAAAAAAUAACAAGGAAAAAAAAAACAAAUCUAUAUAUAUGAAUAUCUAUAUACAGUAGAUGUGUGUGGAUGUUAAUAUACAUUUUGAGGGCAGUUAAUGAACUGCAGAACCCUUGUACCAAUUGAACGAAAGGCACGCUUUAAAUACAGAGGGGACGUUGUUUUUUAAAUGAAUGUGCUAAAACAGCUAAAACAACAGAUUCAACAACAUCCUGUAUUUGUAUUAUUAUUAUUAUACAUAGUGCAGGGGCCUGCGUCCAUGCUUUGAUUGCUUAAAUGCUUUUCCGUUUAACACUUGAUUCUUUUUUUAAAUCCAUAUUUUUUCGUGAUCACAGUUCUCACGUUAAUGUUCUCUCAUGGUCAGUUGUGUCAUAGGCUCCAUUCCAUGUGGACAGUUUAGCUCCGUCUCUCCGUUGGGACAAAACAGCGACCAGUGACUGCAAGCUUUAGGCCAUAAAACGUCUAUCUCAGUGAACGCGCCACACCAAAAGCUCUCACUCCAUUUUUAAUAUUUCCCUUUUCCUCUCUUUUACAUGUGGACCUUUUUGGCAUUGCAUAUUGAUAGUGCACUUUUGUAUAGAUGAGUUUUUAGAAACUCCAGCCUCUAUUUAAGACGUUUUGUUACCGUUUUGUUUGCAUCUCUGCAUUAUUAUUGCUUUGUUGCUUUUUUUCUUCUUGUUGCUCUCGCUGUCAUAAUUGCAUUACAGUCCAAUUGCACAGGCGUGACCAGUGGACGCUGGUGUUUGGUUUGUUUGUCACUGCAGAAGAAAUGGACCUGGGAGGGUGGUGAAUACUGGCCGGUGCUGCUGUCUGGGGCGGGAUGUGUGUUGUGGUGGGGUUGGGGGGGAUUGUUGGGGUGGGAAAGGGAAUUAACGACAGCUCCUCUUCUCUCUCUACGGACUAACACACGCACUCAAGUAUCCAUCAGACACUGAACAGAACGUGUUUGUGUUCGUUUUCUGAACGUAGGGAAGAUCUUGUAGCUUGUAGGUAAUUUUGUUCUCUUCUUUCUUUUGAUUGCAAAUCGCAUAGCAUGUAAAAACAGUUGUCGUGAGAAAAUUUCACAGUGGGAGUCCACAGAUGAAGCUUCGUUUUUUAGAAGCCUCAUAUACCUGCUAUUAAAGGAGAGACUUUCUCGGCUGAGGAACUGAUUGAAAAGAAAAAAAGGAAGAAAUGGAGGAGAGCAUCUCAGAGGGAUCGCCACAAGAGAUGCGGAAGCUAUGCAGAAACUGCAGAAGUACGUCUGCUUGAACGAUACAGAUAGAAAAACAAGGUUUCCGGCUUUGUUUUUUCUUUCUAAAUGCUGUGGUUGAGCUCCAGUUCUGACAGUUUAUUUAAUAUUUAUGUGACCUUGCAAAGAGACGAAAAAAAAAAAAACAUUUAGGGUGUUUUUGCACUUUUUAGAUUCAUUUUUACCUUAUGGAAAUACAAUGGCAUAUAUCUUUUAACAGGGAAAAUUGCUUUACAAUGUUGUUUUGUUCACUUUGCUUUGAUGCACAAAUAAUUGUCGGUGUGACGAAGACCUGUUGUUCUGUGUUUUAUUAUUUAAAAAGGAAAACGGACUGAUUUUCUUUGCUUCUGAGAUUGGAUGAUUUCAAUAUGAAACAGGCAUGCCAGAACCUGGCCUGUCUAACGAGUAACACUAAUGAUGACUGUAAUUUAAAUGAAUUCUAUACAGAGGAAAUUACUGCAGUGCUCCGCUCCAAAUUACAAAGAAAAAAAAAAGAAAAACAAUGAAUUUUGUUUGCCUGGCUUCAGCUGAAAAUGAGCGAGUGUGUAGUGGAAAAACUGAGGCGAGGAAAUUACAAUUAAUUCUUUCUUAAACGCGGCUUUGAAAGAACUAUCAUAAUAUAGGUAAUUAAAUGUGUAGAUGAUUAUCUUCCAAACUAUUGUUCCAGGAGGGAAAAGGUUGUAUAGUAUUUUCUUCUGUAAAAAAAAAAAACUAUAUAUGAACAAAAUGCUCUUUGAUUAAAAGCUUCCUUUAAAAAGAAAACAUUAAAAAGGAGAAAUAAAGAAUAAAAAGGUUAAUAAUUAAAAUAACAAGAAUAGUUUGCUCAUGUGUGUGAAUUUUUUUAUUAUUAUUAUUAUAAAUCUCCUGGUUUCCCAUUAGAGGUAGCCAGUUUAGUGGUAAAGCAGAUAUUUAAAUCUUCUCAUUGUAGCUCUGAGAAACAGUGAAGCUCCAUUUCUACCAUCAACUUUUGCAUUAGCGGAUUCCUAUUUUUUCAAGUUGUUCACCGUACAGAAAAAAAGGACAGUGACCAUGUUCAUCGUCAGAUAUCUGGGUCAUUUAAUACAAUCUUUCAGUUUUGUUUGUCGUUCUUUGAUUUUGUGUGAUUUUAUUUGUUUUUUGGUUAAUUUAAUGGAGUUCAUUUUAACUUUGACUUGUAUUCUGCUUCCAGCCUCUCUGACAGGCUCUCUGCUCUCAAGUGCAAGCUGGACUCACUCAUGUCCACUCUGGUUGUUUCCUGACGACAAACAAACAAACAAAAAAAAAAAGAGAGAAGAAAAUGUUGAAAUGGCUCUUUGGCUGGGAAGAUAAUACUGUGCACUUGAAUACAUUUUAUGUGUGUAAAAUAGCCGGAUUUGUAAAAAGUAAAGAAAAAAAAUAAAGAAAAUCUAAUUAUUAUAACAA